AGUGUUUCAUACACGCUUCCUGGAGGAUAACCACAUAGCCUUCCUACGGAGCAAGCAAGCCGGGGAGGUAGAAUGAGGUAUACAUAUCUAUGUGAAGGAACAUGAACAUGGACCCUUGAACUCAAGGAAUGACCCCCCCCCCCCCCGGCACCAUCUAGUAAAAUUUGAGUUUUUUCUGUUUGGUUUUCCAUCUCGCUUUGAUGGAAAACAACUAUGAUUACGUGGCAUUUUUCAUUCGGAUGACACUUAGAAUUGGACAUUGAUCGCGUAGCUAUCUCAUUACUGUAAAGCCUGCUUGUCUCUUGAAGAGUAUUUAAAUUCUACCUUGACACUACUGCCUCCACAUAUCUCUCAUUUCUGUGGAAGACCGGGACGUUUGACGUCAGCACUUAACACGCAAUAUUCCACUGCAAUCUAGUGCUAAUUAAAUUGCUAUAGCCUCCUUGCAAGACCAAGGUGUGUUCAUUUUUGUCUGAUUCAUAGUUUUAAGAUUUGUUUUAUUUUAUGUUAUUUAAACUUGUUUGACAUGUAGCCGUCUUUUCUAAGCUGCACUUUAUUGAUAAAUAUCAUCACUAAGAUAUUUUAAACUGUAUUUUAAGCAUAUCUUUGAGUUAUAUAUUUUUUUUCAUCUUUAGGGGUAUAUAUAUUCUGUUUUAAUUUUAAACUGGAAAAGUAUAUAGUUUUUGUUUACAAGCCUUGUCUGUCGAUCAUUCCGAAAUGGACAAAUCUAGAAUCUGAUAGCAUUUAAGGACAAGGCAGACAUAAUCUGGAAUUGACAGAUCUAAGAUCGAUCCUUGUCUUCGGCAUUUGCUUUGUGAAGGCUGGUGUUUUUCAUUGUUUUUAUGUUCCUCUGUUGGAUUGACACACUAAAGAGAAGAAUCUCCAUCUGAAGGCCAGUGGGAGUUAUUUUUCUUGGAUCGUACAAUACUCCUUUGAGUGCAGAUGGAUUUCACACGUCAAACUCAGAGGUGCUUUUGUGGCGUUGCCUUUGAAAUUCAAGCACUGAAGUGGAAGAAAGAUUUUAAGGAGGUUUCAGGGAUAAAUAACUUGUGUUUUUAGUUUUUAAGACAGACUGACAGGUCUAUAGUUAUAUUUUCGUCUUCCUAGCAGAUCCUAAGGAGAGGUGCUUCCAUUUGAUUCUCCUUUUUAAGGUGGCCAUCAGUGGCCAAAUGAACUGACAUGUGUAUCACUACCUGAAUUUAAACAGACUUAUUCCAUCCAACAAACUGCCAACUGCAUGAAACACUCACACACCGUCCACCUGUCAGGAAACAGACCUUACCUACCCUAAACCUGAGGGUUGGAAGUCCUCUCCCGUCAAGCCCCCCACACUAAGGAUGCGUUCCCCAGAGCCCUCCAUCCCAUCCCCAGCUGAGGCGCUACUCCACUGCCAGUUCGGGGGCUGGACAACGGGCAGCAGCUGCAACAACAGCUGCCCCAACAGUCCUGGAGGUCCUGGGGGUCUGUCGUCCCCUUCUCCCUCCCCCAACCCCUCUCCUGCCUCCAGCUACGCCUUGACCCUCACCCCCUCCCACAUCCACGUCCAGCGCCUGGCCCCCCGCCCUGGUAAAGAGGCACGUCUAAUACUACCCCUGUCAGAGCUGGCAGGGUGCAGCUGUCCCCGUGCCCCUGCUCCCCCCUUGCUGGUUCUAUACUGGUAUCCCCCGGGGAGGCGGAGGAAGGGGGUGUCCAGGAGGAGGCAGGUGAGGGCGUACCUGGCUGAGGCCAGGGUGGAGGCUGAGAGGUGGUCCACUGCUAUACAAUGUCUGCUCAGGGGAGUCGCCAUCACUGCUGACACGGAAAUUGGCAAAUGUCUACUGCCCCGUCCCCGAAGGCUGCUGCUAUUGGUGAACCCCUUCAGUGGGAGAGGCCAGGCUAUGCAGUGGUGUCAGACACACAUCCUGCCAAUGAUCAGAGAGGCUAACAUCAGCUACAACCUGAUACAGACAGAGCGACAGAACCAUGCCAGAGAGUUGAUCAAAGAGAUCUCCCUUUCACAGUGGGACGGCAUCAUCAUCGUCUCUGGAGAUGGCCUGCUGCACGAGGUGAUCAAUGGUUUGAUGGAGCGUCCAGACUGGGAACUAGCAAUAAAGACACCUGUAGGCAUCCUGCCCUGUGGCUCUGGAAAUGCCCUGGCUGGCUCCAUCAACCACCAUGCAGGUUAUGACAUGUGCCUUCGGGAGCCUCUCCUCCUCAACUGCUGUUUUCAGCUCUGCCGUGGCGGAGUCAAGCCCAUGGAUUUGGUCUCUGUGACAACCAGCCCCGCCCCUUCUCAAAAUGGUCGUCCGGGUCUUCCCAGAAGGAUGUUCUCCUUCCUGUCUGUGGCCUGGGGCUUUGUGUCUGACGUGGACAUCGAGAGUGAGAGGUACCGGGGUCUGGGCUCGGCACGGUUCACCCUGGGCACUCUGGUCCGCCUGGCCUCCCUGCGCUCCUAUAAGGGCCGUCUGUCCUACCUGCCCCCCUCCAUAGUCGCCACAUCCCCAGACGCCAUCCCUCCGCCCCUGCGCAGACCCCUGUCCCGCAGCAUCACUGAGGGCCUGGAGGGCUUCUGCCACACCCCCAUCCAACGCACCAGCUCUGACAUGGGCCUCAGCGAACAGAGGAGUCUGAGGAGGGUAGACACGGAAAGGGAGAGGGAGAGAGAGAUGGAGAGGCAAAGAGAGAGGGAGAGGAGGAGGGAGAGGGCCAGGGGAGGGGGAACGGGGGUGGUCAGGGCGAGUAGCUUAGCAGAGGAUCGAGAGAGAGAGAUGGAGGGAGAGGCGGGGAGGUCAGGGACAAGUUCGGAGUCGAACGAAAGGGAAGAUUGCAGGAUGGGAAGGAAGGAUGGGAUGACGGGGAACAUGGAAGAAAAGCCAGAUGAGGAAAGAGAAGACGGAACGAUGGAGCAGGACUCAGGGGUGAUAGAGGAUUUAGAGGAGAGAGUGAGGAAUGGGGAAGGCAGCAGCGGCUCAAUGGAUGGGGUGAUGGAAGCGAAGGAGGUUGGAGAGGGGUACGGGGUGGACAUGGGGCGAGAGGCCAACGAGGACCCAGAGGGGUGUUACUCGUACACAGACAACCUCCAGCAGACCAGACUGGCUCUAAGGAAGAACUCUGCCCCUUCUAGCCAGAUAGCUAACGCCUUCUUUAGCCAGCCCCUCAGCCAGGAGGCUGACCCCGUGUCUGGAGCCUCGUACAGGGCAGAAGAGAUGGAUCUGAACGGAACAUACUUCCAGAAAGAAGCUUACCCGCUGGACAUCGCCCGGGAGAGAGCCCUCACCAUAUCCUCUCCCUUCAGACACUCUCCUUUCUCCUUCAAGCCCAAAUCUCUGGACCAGAACGCAUCCCGCCCCAGACCCCUAUCCCUCCUCCACCACCCCCACUCCAACUCCCUACCCCCCAAACUCCCCUCCCUGUCCCUCUCCCUCUCUCCCACGCCCCCUUCCUCCCCGUCCUGUGCCUCCCCCCACUCCUCCUCCUACCUCGUUCCGCGCCCCAACACCCCCAACUCCACCUCCCCUUCCCCGUCUCUCCAGUCCCCCUCCUUUACCUUUGACAUUGCAGAGCCUGCCGGACCCCUCAAGAACCGCCCCCCCGUCUCACUCCCUUUCAACCCUCCCAGGGAUGACCUCCUGCCCCCCUUGGACCAGGCCCUGCCAACCCGGGACUGGGUGACCAUCGAGGGGGACUUUGUGCUUGUGCUGGCCAUCUACCAGUCCCAUCUCGGGGCAGACCUCCAUGCCGCCCCCCAAGCCAGGUUUGACGACGGGCUGAUCCACCUGACGUUUGUGCGGGCAGGGAUCUCCAGAGCCACCCUGCUCCGUCUGUUCCUGGCCAUGGAGAGGGGGGCACACCUGUCUCUCAGCUCCCCCUAUGUGAGCCACGUCCCAGCCAGGGCCUUCAGGCUGCAGCCCCUCUCCCCACGAGGAACACUCACUGUGGACGGGGAACUGGUGCCAUACGGCCCACUGCAGGCACAGGUCCAUCCCUCUAUGUCCCGGCUCAUUGUCGGCGACUCUGGAGUGAAGAUCACCCGAUUCUGACAAGGGAUUGGCUGACCAGAUCAGCUGAUACGGCGCUCUAGAGACUGAAAAUAGCCCAAAUAAUUUCUGGGGUUUAAUGGAAGGGAUCACCUGCUGAGCAGAGCGGCGGUGCAGGACGCAAGCCGAGGGAUUAAUAGAGAAUUUUAAAAACGGAUGAAAACGAGCUUUGUUGCACAGCUGUUGGAUUACACUCCGUUUAUCCUGAGAAGCCUGUACCUGCAUAGCCAUGGGAACAAAAUAGGGGGGGGACAAGUUGAAUGUGUAUGGGGGAGUGUGUAUUCAGUGCAUGUGUGUGGUGUAUACAUUCUAGUAUGCACAAAUGGAAUGCAGAGAUGCACAUUUCCUGACCUUGCCUUACAGAGAGAGUUCAGUUUUCUUUGUUCUCUAUCAAAGCUGUCCUAGAACAGUUCUAGUUCUAUAUCAGAACUAUCAAAGCUGUCCUAGAACAGUUCUAGUUCUAUAUCAGAACUAUCAAAGCUGUCCUAGAACAGUUCUAGUUCUAUAUCAGAACUAUCAAAAAUGUCCUAGUUCUAGAACUAUUUCAGAGGGAGCCACACCCUCAUGCAAAUGUAGAUCCCCUUCCGUAUUGGAACCUCCGUCCUUCCCUGUAAUGCCUUAAAGUACAACUCCUGUGACCUUUCCCUUUCUGUCUUAUAUAAGAAGCCUAAACCUGCGACUCUGCAAAUCUCCAUUCACCAGAGGCUGGUGGGAGGAGCUAUAGGAGGACGGGCUCAUUGUAAAGACUGGAAUGGAAUUAAUGGAACGGUAUCAAACCCAUACAAAACCCCAUGUUUGACUCCGUUCUAUUUAUUCCACUCCAGCCAUGACAAUGAGCCCGUCCUCAUAUAGCUCCUCCCACUAGCCUCCUCUGCCAUCCAGGUAUAUCAGAGGGAACCGUCCACUAUAGGAACAACAAAGCAAAGCUGAUGAGCAUACUGUGGUGUUAGUUAAGUUUGUAUUGGUGUGUAUGAAAUAUCUGUGAACAAAGGAAGUUUAUUAGCAAUCUCAUGGAGAUGAUUACUCCUAGAAUAAACCAGUAAAGUUAGAUCAACACUGAAAUAAAUAUAAAGCUCAUUGAGUCCUUUUACACGGGUAUUCCAUAAUAGUAGGAUAGACGGGACUGUUGAACAGUAGCCAUCAUGGUGUAUAGUGCAUUUGCCUGUUUUUCUUAGCAAAAAGGGUGCAUGAUGAUGAUGAUGAUGAUGAUGCUAGAUUAUGAAGUUGCAACACAGUGAACACGAGACUGUUGCUUGAUCAAGUUUCAUGUAUGUUGUCACGGAAUCCUCUGAAAGUCUCACAAAGACCCAGAAUGCUGGUUGUUUUCAGCAAAUAGUCACUAGUUCCACAUGUGUAAACUGCCUUUUUACAUAGCUCUGGUGUAGUCGGUUGUAAUUGAUAUAAUUGUGAGUAGAUUCUGAUGUGUUAUGCAGCUGCAGAAAAUCAACACUAGAUCGGAUUCUAUCUCUUAGAAUCUCUUAAAGAUUGCUGUUGAAAAGAACAAGAUGUACUUGUCUUGCUGGUGUUAUUUACCACAUGACAAGCAGAUUGUUUCCAUAGGAGACCAUUAUAAUCUUAAACAGACAACAUAAACUCAGUAAAUGAUUGAUUACCAUCUUGAGGAUUUAGCUAGUCACAGACAAGGCUGUGCCUCCCAACUCAAAUCAUAGCUUACAUUUCAGAAAUGGAUUUCUCAAUGGGAUGUAGCCUAUACAGUUGAAGUCGGAAGUUUACAUACACUUAGGUUGGAGUCAUUAAAAUUAGUUUUUCAACCACUACACAAAUUUCUUGUUAAAAAA